AUGUCCACAUCAAUUUAUAAGAAAGAGAAUCACAGUCUUCGUAUUCGUUUCCUUGAAGAAUGUCUUAAAUCAAACAUAAUUCCGAAAUUUCUUAAGUUUCGUAUCCCCGAAAAUGGUUGUUUUGACGACAAAGCUGUAUUGGAAUUUCAACUGAAAUUGCUUAGAAAGGAGUUAUAUAACGCUAAGAAAGAUUUGUUAUCGGCGGAAGAGAAACUACAUGAAAAUCGGGAGAUAUUAAAAAGUAAAGUAUCAUAUCGUAUCAUACCAUCAAUUAUAUUCCAUACUAGACUCGAAAUUCGACAGUUCAGAAGUACACAUGCAGAUACGCUGAAUAAGAAAUUGAACAAACUGUCAGAUGAGCAAGGAAAACCGUUAUUUAAUGUGAAAAACACAGCAAUUUGCUAUGAAUUAACGGAGAGACUCCCAAAAUAUGUUAUGGAAACAUUAGCCUUGGGUCCAAGAAACCCCAUCAUAGAGAAGUUCAACAAAAAUGAUGUGUUAACUGGUUUAGAUGAUUUGAUUAGAUUUUGCAAAGAUAAAAAGAUUAACGACGAGCUAAUCACUGACAUAAAUGUUAAGACUUUGGCAUACGUUAAGAAAUGCAAUAAGCAAAAACCAUCUAAAAACAUUCAAAUGACAAAAAAGUAUCUAAAACUCAACAACUUGGUAGCAGUUCCCUUCGACAAGGGCAUCGGCAUUUGUGUUAUGAAAGUUGAAAGUUAUAACAACAAAAUGAACGACAUCAUUGGUUUACCCCAAUUUAAUAAACUUACAUCUAAAAGGAAAAAUGAGAAGAACCCUGUGUUCAAAGAAGAAGAAAGAAUUACAUCUGUCCUGAAAGAGUUAAAAGUGAAGGGAAAAAUCAGUGAACAGCUUUAUGAUAAACUAAAGCCAAUAGGAAGUCAACCACCUAGAAUCUACGGACUUGCUAAAGUACACAAAAAUAACACACCAAUGAGACCAGUUUUAUCGAUGCCAGGUUCUCCAUAUUACAAACUAGCAAACCAGGUAGCAAAGUGGCUGUCAGUAGUAGAUGAAUGCAACAUCAAUUCUUCCACGAAACAAAUAUCCGAUCUAAUUACACAUCUCCAACUUGCAGAAAAUGAGGAACUUGUGAGUUUUGACGUCACAUCCCUAUAUACAAAUGUACCACUGAACGAAGCAAUUGAUGAUUGUACCAGUCUUUUAUAUUCUGGAAAAUACGAAAAACCUCCAGUAGAUCGAGAAACUUUUCAUAAAUUAACCUUACUAUGUAGUAGCAAUGUAGUUAUGUCGACUCAUGAUGGAUAUUACCAACAAGUCGAUGGAUUGGCAAUGGGGAGCCCACCAGCUUCAAUGCUUGCUAAUGGUUGGCUCAGUAAAUUUGACGAUAUUAUCAAGGGAGAUGCAGAUUUAUUCGCGAGAUAUAUGGACGAUAUUAUCAGAAAUAUCAACAAAGAUAAGAUCCAGGAAAAGUUGAAUGAGAUUAAUAAUAUUCACCCAUCACUAAAGUUUACUAUCGAGCGUGAAAACAAUGGAGAAAUUGCAUUUCUAGACAUGUCUAUAAAAAGAACACACGGAAACCUUGUCUCAAAGUGGUAUACAAAACCAACUGACACUGGUUUAACACUAAAUUUCCACGCCCUUGCACCAAAACAAUACAAGAGAUCGGUUGUGUCUGGACUUGUACAUAGAGUCUAUAGAGCUUGUAGCAGUUGGGAAACAUUUCAUGAAAGUCUGAAAAAGGCUAAAGGAAUUCUAGAUAACAACCAAUAUCCCGCUGAAUUCUACGACCCCAUUAUUUCAGACACAUUGAGAAAAAUCAUUGAAAAAUGUUCGUCUUGCUAUGUCGGUCAAACAAGCCGUCAUUUGAUAUGUCGUUUCAAAGAACAUCGACGAAAUGGCCCGGUUGCGGAUCAUUGGAAAGAAUGCGAACGUGAAUUGUCGAUUGAUGACGUAACGAUCUUGUGCUCAAACUCAAAAUCAACGUAUCAUUUAAUGACUUUAGAGGCUCUUUUCAUCAAUCAAUUGAAACCAUCUUUGAAUACAAAGGAUGAAUAUAGAUUCAGGCCGCUGCUUUUUUCUGAUUUGUGUACAGUGUAUGAUGCUAUGUAUGAUAUACCUGAAGAUGGAAUAAAUUUCCGAAAUAUAUUGUUUAAUAAAUAUAAUCAUUGUUGGUCAUUUUGA